CUUCUCCCUUGCCAAAAAUAUCCAUGUUGUUCAAGUAAAGAACCGGUCGUAAUGGCUGCAUUGGCAUUACUAGGGAUAGGGCUGGUCACCUACUGGGUGGCUCAAGCCAUUUAUCGCCUCUAUUUCCACCCGCUAAGCCACAUCCCGGGCCCCAAAUUGGCCGCCAUCACCGAUGGCUACGAAUUCUACCACAACAUCAUCAGAGGAGGCCUCUUCAUCUGGGAACUGGAACGACUGCACGAAGUCUACGGCCCCAUAAUCCGCAUCAACCCCCGCGAGGUCCACAUCAAAGACCCAGAAUACUACGACGAAAUCUACGCUUCGACCCUCCGCAAACGCUCCAAGAACCCCCUUCACGUCGCACAAUUCGGCCUCCCAGGCUCCGGCUUCGCGGCCAUAGACCAGGAAGCCCAUCGCCAGCGCCGCGCCCCCGUCGAGAAAUACUUUUCCAAACGUGCCAUUGAAAACCAGGAGUCUCUUAUCCAGAAUAGUCUCGACAAACUCGUCCGCCAUUUCCGGGACGCAUAUCAAGCCCAUGUACCUGUGAGCCUGGAUGCGGCGUUUGCGGCGCUGACGUCCGAUGUGAUUUACCAGUAUGUGUAUGGGUUCAAUCCAAAUAGCCUUGAUAAGGAGGGGUUUAACGCGAGUGUGCGUGAUGGGAUUAAUGGGCUUAUGCGGCUGGCCCAUUUGCUUUAUUUUUUCCCCUGGUUGCAGACGGUUAUGAAUGCGAUGCCGCUGGGGGUGUUGAAGAUGUUGAAUCCGCCUGCGCAUGCGCUGGGGAGUCAGAAGAGAGAGUUGUUUGAUCUGGGCAUUGGGGCGUUGGUGAGAGCGGGUGAGAUCUCCGGGUCGAAGGCUACGAGUGAGGCGACGUUGAUUGAUAUGCUUGCUGCACCGAGUACGCCGGAGCAUAUGCGGGAGCCGCAGAGGCUGAUGAAUGAGGGCUUUGCUUUGGUUAUUGGGGGCACGGAGACGACGGCCAGGUCGCUUUCGCUUGCAGCGUAUCACCUAUUCUGUAGGGAGGAUAUUCGGAGGAAGCUCCGCGAGGAGCUGAAGCAGGUUAUGCCGACGGUGGAGUCCCGGCCGACGUGGAACGAGUUGGAGAAGUUGCCGUAUAUGUCUGCCGUGAUUAGCGAAUCAUUGCGUCUUUCGACUGGUAUCGCAAAUCGAUCGCCUAGAGUUGCGCCUACUGAGGCGCUGGUGUACAAGGGCUAUACUAUCCCGCCGGGAACCCCAAUCAGUGAAACUAAUUACUUCAUCUUAAUGGACCCCGAAAUCUUCCCUGAUCCCCACACCUUCGACCCAGAGAGAUGGAUACGAGCUGCUGUAAAGGGCCAGAGAUUGGACCGCUAUCUGGUGAACUUUUCAAAGGGAAGCCGGAUGUGCGUGGGUUUAAACUUGGCUUACGCGGAGCUCUUCCUGGUUCUCGCUACGAUCGUUCGUCAAUUUGAUAUGGAGCUGUAUGAGACACCAAAGAGCAAUCUUGAAUUUGCGCGUGAUUUCGGGAUGCCGUACCCCGAUAAGGGAAACUCUAGCGUGCGGGCUGUGAUUACUGGUCUUGUUAGUGAAUGAGGGUAGGAUAUUUUGGAAUGUGUUAUGGUGGAGCGCAUUGAUCUACUGUGAUGCUUUGCGUUAAUCAGGGACAGCGUUCCGGUAACCUGGGAGCAAAUAUGGUCAACAUACGCAAUGACUAGAGUGAGAUACACAUAAAGAAGAAAGGGAUGGUUGAUCCAGGAUUUAUGUAUUGGUGAACUGUCA